GAUUAUUCACUUCUAAAAAGAAAAGAAGGAAAGAAGUGAAACAUAAAAUAUAAUAAAAUAAGAAUUUUUAUACAUACAACAUACUACAUAGAAAUAUUGAACAAAAAAAAAGAAACAUUAAUUUUGUGUGUGUGUGCGUACCACCAAGAAGACUCUGCAUCUUGAGUGCAGAUGAUUUCAGUGUUAAUUCACAAAAAAUACAUAUGAAAUAAUGAAAAAGAUCUAAAAAAUAAAAAAAAAGUGUAAUACAAAGAAAGAAAAAAGUUUACUUAAUAAAAUGUGGGUUUCGUUACUGCUCUUAGUGGCGGCCCUUUUACCAGCGACUACGAUCGCGGAAUUGACUCCACCAUAUUUCAACUUGGCCGAAGGACGGAAAAUUCAUGCAUCAGCAACAUGCGGUGUAGAUACCGAUGGUCCCGAGCUUUAUUGUAAGCUUGUGGGUGCAAAUACCGAAAACGAACAGGAUACUGCGAAAUAUGAAGUUAUUCAGGGACAGGUUUGUGACUAUUGUGAUCCAAAAGAUCCACAAAAAUCGCAUCCGGCUGAAUAUGCAAUCGAUGGAACGGAAAAUUGGUGGCAGAGUCCUCCAUUAUCACGUGGCAUGAAGUACAAUGAGGUCAAUUUAACGAUUGAUUUCGGACAGGAAUUUCAUGUCGCGUACUUGUUCAUUCGUAUGGGUAACUCUCCGCGUCCCGGCUUGUGGACCUUGGAGAAAUCUAACGAUUAUGGCAAGACCUGGACUGCUUGGCAACACUUUUCCGACUCACCUGCCGAUUGUGAGACAUAUUUUGGCAAAGAUAGUUUGCGUCCCAUCACCGCUGAUGACAAUGUCAUUUGUACGACGGAAUAUUCGAAAAUUGUGCCCUUGGAAAAUGGAGAAAUUCCCGUGACUCUUUUGACGGGUCGUCCAUCCGCCAACGAUUAUUUCAACUCACCCACAUUGCAAGAAUGGACGCGUGCCACGAACGUUCGUAUCAGGUUGUUGCGUACCAAGAAUUUGUUAGGUCACUUGAUGUCUGUCGCCAGGCAAGAUCCUACCGUUACUCGACGUUAUUUCUACUCAAUCAAGGAUAUUUCUAUUGGUGGUCGGUGUGUCUGCAAUGGACACGCAAGCACUUGUGGCUUGUUGGAUGCCAAGGAUCCCGCGAGAACGUUAGCUUGUUUCUGUCAACAUCACACAUGCGGUACGCAAUGUGACAAGUGUUGUCCUGGAUUUGAGCAAAAGAAAUGGCGACAAAAUACAAAGUCACAACCUUUUGUUUGUGAACCUUGCAACUGUCACGGACACUCAAGUUUGUGCGAAUAUGACGAAGACGUUGAUAACAAAGGACUCUCAUUGGACAUACAUGGAAAUUACGAAGGCGGUGGUGUUUGUCAAGAUUGUCAACAUAAUACCGAAGGCAUCAAUUGUAACAAGUGCAAACCAACAUUCUAUCGUCCUUAUGGAAAAUACUGGAAUGAAACUGAUGUUUGUCAACCUUGCAAUUGUAAUUUCCAUUAUUCCACUGGAAACUGCGAAGAAGAAACCGGUCGUUGUGAAUGUCGUAAGGAAUUCGAAAGUCCCAAUUGUGAUCGUUGUUCUUACGGACAUUUUGGUUAUCCCGAUUGUCGUCCUUGCGAGUGCAACCUCGAGGGCACGGAUAAAUACCAGUGCGAAGCUGUCGAUGGUAAAUGCCCAUGUAAACCGAACUUUGCUGGAGAUCAUUGUGACCAAUGUGCGGCUGGAUACUACAACUUUACAGCUUGUGAGGCAUGUGAGUGUAACCCAAUCGGAUCCACGGAUUAUGAAUGUGAACAAGAAUCGGGUCAAUGUACGUGCCGAUCAAACUACGCGGGAAAACAAUGUGACGUCUGCAAAGAUGGUUAUUAUAACUAUCCAGAUUGUACUUAUUGCAAUUGUGACUUGCAAGGUACUGUGGAGUCAAUUUGCGACAAGGAUAAUGGAAAGUGCAUUUGUCGUCCUGGCUAUGGCGGUGCUCGAUGUGACAAAUGUCUCCCCGGAUAUUUCGGUUAUCCCGAUUGUGUUCCUUGCAAUUGCUCGACUGCAGGUAGUGUUUCAACUGUUUGCGAUCAUACUGGACGUUGUCCUUGCUUGUCCAACUUCGGAGGAAAACAGUGUACGUCAUGUCAAGCCGGUUAUUACCAAUAUCCUGAAUGUAUUACGUGUAAUUGCGACCCACAUGGCUCAAUCGGUAUCUCGUGUAAUAACGAAGGACAAUGUCAGUGUGCCAAUAACUUUGAUGGAAAACAAUGUAACUCGUGUAAAGAAGGAUUCUACAAUUAUCCUGCAUGUGAGGAGUGUAAUUGUGAUCCUGCUGGUGUUAUUGCCAAGUUUGCCGGUUGCGGAUCUGUGCCAGCUGGUGAAUUGUGUCAAUGUAAGGAACGUGUCCAAGGUCGCAUUUGUAAUGAAUGUCGUCCGUUAUACUGGAACUUGAAUGCCACGAACUUCCACGGUUGCGAAGAAUGUGAUUGCUUCAUUGAGGGAACAAUUGGUGCUUUGGAUACGUGCGACACCAAAACCGGUCAGUGUACUUGCAAACCAUCUAUUACGAGCAGAAAUUGCGGCGAAUGUAAGGACGGAUCGUUUGAUUUGUUUGGCGGAAGUUUGUUCGGUUGCAAGGAUUGUGGUUGCGAUAUCGGUGGCAGUGCUCAUGGAGUUUGUCAAAAGGUUACGGGACAAUGCAAGUGUCAUCCACGUGUUUCAGGUCGUACUUGCAAUCAUCCACUCACGACUCAUUACUACCCAACAUUGUACCAGUUCCAAUUCGAGUAUGAAGACGGUUACACCUCGUCAGGAUCACAAGUUCGUUACCAAUACAAUGAAAACUUGUUCCCUGAGUUCAGUAAGAAAGGAUAUGCCGUGUUCUCACAACUUCAGAACGAGGUAAUUAACGAAGUGAACAUUUACAAGUCCUCCGUGUAUCGUCUUGUUAUCCGUUAUAACAAUCCUACGGAAGAAAACAUCGUUGGAUCAAUACUCAUCACAUCUGAUAAUCCAUUAGAAGAUGAGCAACGUGCCAAAGUUGUUUUCAAACCAACGACGACACCUCAAUUUGUGACAGUUUCUGGCACCAAGGGAGAUAUUCCAUCACCAGUCGUUCUCGAUCCAGGCCGCUACCAAAUUUCAAUGAAAUCGGACACACCAAAUUUAUUGCUUGAUUACUUUGUUUUGUUGCCUGCUGCCUACUAUGAAGCUUCAAUCCUCACAAGAAACAUUGAGACACCGUGUGAAGUUGGUGGUACUAGUCUAUGUCGUCAUUACCAAUAUCCUUCGGUGAAACAAUUCAAUCCCACUUACACUCCUUUCAUUACCGAAGGAAACGAAGCUUUCAAGCCACAGGACUUUUACAAAGACUACGAACAUCUUGCUGCCAUCAAUGAAGAUCAAAUUCCUCUUCUCUCGAGCAUCCAACCGCAACUUAAUUACAUGAUGGACGUAAAGAAUCACGGAAAAUACGUUCUAGUUGUUGAUUACAUAACCGAUAAAAAUCUCACCGAUGCUGCUAUCCUUACGGUCAACCUUCGUGAUGAGCCAGAACAGGAUGGUGCCAUUACUGUCUACCCUUGCUUGUACACUAUGGUAUGUCGUCAACCAAUUGUCGAUAAAGAGGCCCGUGAAAAGGUCUUCUAUUUGGACGUUGGAGAAAUUCGACCCAUUGAAAUUAAUCGAGCAAGUGAUAUUGACAUCGCCAUCAAGUCGAUCACGGCAAUCCCGUAUGAAGAAUGGUCCACGGAUUACAUUACUCCUAGUCCUGUUUGCAUUUAUGAGGAUGGAGUGUGUGUUCAAUCAAACUUCCAAUCUGCGCCGGAAGCAAGAAAGGUCGACUUUGUCCCCGAAGAUGUUGGAAGUGAUGCUAAUGAAACUCGACUAAUGCAUUUGGACCACGAAAUGAAAACCAUUUCAAUUAUGUCUACUGUUCCAGAGCCAUCUCGGUAUGUCGUUAUUUUGCAUUAUAAUCAGCCACAUCAUCCAAACUUCAACUUACACUACACGUUGACCACUGAUCGACAAAACUAUGACGGCAAAAUUCACUUGAAACAUUGUCCCUCAUACGCUGGUUGCCGUCAACUCGUGACACAAGACAAUGAUCUAAUUUGGUUCGAGAUUGACGAUGCUUUUACUUUUAAUUUGACAAAUACCUACAACAACAAGGACGUUUUCUUGAACAAUCUCAUCCUUGUGCCAGCCGAUGUUUACAAAGAGACAUUAUUGCGCGAAGGAACCUACGAUCAAACAAAAGAAUUUAUUCACAAGUGCGGUCAAGAUCACUUCUACAUUCCCUUGAAUGCAUCAGACUUCUGCAAGAACGCUGUCUUCUCUCUCACGACUGCAUACAAUGACGGUGCAUUGCCUUGUAAUUGCGACUACAUCGGCUCAACAAGUUUCGAAUGUGAGCCAUUUGGAGGCCAAUGUCAAUGUAAGCCGAAUGUUAUUGGUCGUCAGUGCGAUGCUUGUCGUACGGGAUUCUACGGAUUCCCUGAUUGUAAGCCUUGCGACUGCCCGGUCACAGCAUUGUGUGAAAAAGAAACUGGCGCAUGUAUUUGUCCAACACGUGUACGCGGAGAAAAGUGUAAUGAAUGUGAAGCUUUCACAUAUGGUUUUGAUCCAAUUAUUGGUUGUGAGGAAUGUGAUUGUCAUCCACAAGGUGUCUUGGGCGGAAACUUACAAUGUGAUUUAAAUAAUGGAUCAUGUCCUUGUCGUGAAAAUAUUGUUGGACGUAAGUGUGACUUGUGCGACUACGGUUAUCACAGUUUCCCCGCUUGUCACAUGUGUGACUGUAAUCGUGAUGGUACAACCUUUGAAAUCUGCGAUCAAACGGACGAACGUUGCUUCUGUAAGAAAAACGUAGAAGGCAGAAGUUGUGAACGUUGCAAGGAAGGAACGUACAAUUUACAAAAAAAUAAUCCAGAGGGAUGUACCAAAUGUUUCUGCUUCGGAAAGACAACACGUUGCGAACAAGCUUAUCUCAAACCGUUUAAUGUUAGCAUGUUAAAUAAUGUGACGGUUAAUAAGAUUAGUAUGGAUGGAGGCAAAUUCGAGGUGCAUCAAUGGGAAGAAGAUGUGGAUCGUCAAUUAAACGAGACAUUGGUUAAAGUUGACUUUAAUGUUGUUUCCGAUGAUCUUCGAAAUGGCAACACAUACGUUGGGUGUGUUGAUUAUUUGUUGGCGCAAAACAACCACUUGUCAUCGUAUGGCGGUUAUUUGACUUACAAAGUUUUCUUCGCCAAUGGACCAUUUGGAUCUGCUAUUAUUGCACCUGACGUGAUUCUGAAGAGCAACAAAACCUUCAUUGUACAUACAAAUUAUGAACAACCCGCACCACGUACCCUUUUCACGGGAGCUGUUCACUUUGUUGAAACCAAUUUCCUUACAUCAAACGGUCUUCCAGUCACACGUGAACAAUUUAUGACAAUUUUGCGAGAUCUUGAUGCCAUUUACAUCCGUGCUUCUUACUGGCAAGAUGGACUUGAAACAACUGUUUCUGACGUUUAUCUGACUCUUGCUGAUGAGGAUCCAGACAGCUAUCAUGAAUAUCAAGCUUUGUCGGUCGAACGUUGUGAAUGUCCUCCAGGAUAUCAAGGACUUUCAUGUGAAGAUUGUGCCCCAGGCUUUUAUCGUGAUCCUAAUGGACCAUAUGGCGGAUACUGUAUUCCCUGUGAUUGUCACGGACAUGCUGAUACUUGCGAUUGUAACACUGGAAUUUGCCAAAACUGCAAACACAACACAAUGGGAGAUCAUUGUGACAUGUGUAUCGCUGGCUACUAUGGUAACGCAACGCGAGGAUAUCCAGAUGAUUGUAUGAUUUGCGCUUGUCCACUUCCAGUGGAAUCUAACAAUUUUGCCACAUCUUGUGAAGUUUCCGAGGACGGUUAUCGCGUGCAUUGUCAAUGUAAAGAAGGCUAUACUGGUGAAAUGUGUCAAAGCUGUGCUCCAGGCUAUUAUGGUGAACCACAGAUUGAAGGCGAAUAUUGUAAACCAUGUCAAUGCAAUGGAAAUAUUGAUCCAAGUCUUCCUGGUUCUUGCGACUCAGUUUCUGGAGAAUGUCUUCUGUGUAUGAAUAACACAGCUGGUGCAGCUUGUAAUUUGUGCGCCCCUGGCUAUUAUGGAGAUGCUGUAACAGCAAAAGAUUGUAAAAGCUGCAUUUGCGAAGAAAUGGGAACACAACAUUGCGACAAUACGAACGGAAAAUGCGAAUGUUUACCGAAUGUCAUUGGUGAUAGAUGUGAUCGUUGCGAUUAUGACCAUUAUGGCUUUGAUUCUGGAUACGGAUGUACCAGUUGUGACUGCGGUGAAGCUUCUAAUAGCACACAAUGUAAUGACCACACUGGUCAAUGUCCUUGCAAACCUGGUGUAACAGGCAAAUAUUGUGAUCGUUGCUUGCCAGGAUAUUGGAAUUAUAGCAAAGACGGGUGUGAACAUUGCAAGUGUAACACUGAAUUCUCUCGUGGUUUGGGAUGCGAUGCUCGUACUGGUCAAUGUCAAUGUCUUCCAGGAGUCGUUGGAGAGAAAUGUGAUCGUUGUCCCCAUAGAUGGGUAUUGAUUCCCGACGCCGGUUGCUUUGUCUGUGAUGAGUGUCAUCAUGCUCUUUUGGACGUGACCGAUCAGUUGCGCAUUGAUAUUGAUAGUGUAAAAGCAGAGUUCGAGGAGGCGUCACAACCUUAUUUCACUGCACGAAAACUGGCUUACUAUGAAGAUGCUAUUAAAAAUCUUAUUCCUGAGGUCAGUCGCUUGGAUCCAAAUGGCGUGAACUUGAUGCCUUACGUAAACGAAAUCAAUAAACUGGUAUCAGAAGCCAAAGUGUUGGAGAAGAAAGCCAAUUAUUCGGUAGAUUAUGUUACUGAUGCCAUUAAAGACGGAAAUAAGGCUCAAGAUAAAGCAAAUAAUGCCUUAGAUGACUGUCGCUUGGUCAAUAAAAAUGCAAAGAACGCUGCUCGUGAUGUUCAGCGUCUUGCUGAUAGUUUCUAUAGUGCUGAAAAUCCAAAACUUGACUUGGCUCUCUCAGAAGCACAGAGCUUGUUAGAUUUGAUCAAGAAGGAAGAUCAGUCCGUUGAUGGUGCUGAGCAAAAGGAACGUUCCGAGACCGUUUUAGACGAAGUUAACGAAUACGCAAAACCAGUACAAGAACAAGCUGAUCGUUUAAAGCAAUUGAAAGACGACAUUGGUAAAUUUGAUGAACGUCUAGAAGAUCUCUUUGUUCGUGCUGGAGAAUCUCGCCAAAAGGCUGAUGACGCAGAAUUCCUGAACGGCAAAAAUAAACGUUCUCCCUUGUCUGCCAAAUUUGACACCAUUUCUAACAGUACAAAACAAAUGGACAAGAGUGUCGCUGAUGGCAAAAACUUGAUCAACGAUGCUGAUCGUGAAUUAGAAAACGUCCACAAGGCUCACAAUGAAAUGGAAAACACUAAUUUGGAGUUGAAAGAUACAAAUAAUGGUGCUGAGAAUGUUUUGGAAAAACAAGAUGUUUCCUACAGCGAUUUAAAUGAUUUACUUCGUAAUGCUCAAAUUCGUGCCGAUGAGUUGCAAAACAAUGCUGAACUUCUUGAUCGUGAAUAUUCCGAUGGAACAUCGAACGCCGCACUUAAGGCAGCUCGUUCAUACGACGAUAUUGUCGAUACAGCUGAUUUAGCACGUAAACUUGCUGAAACUGCAUUGGCUGCUGCCACUAACGCCACUGAUUUAACUGACGGUAUUGGGGCACGUGCUGGAUCAUCGGACCAAGUUGCACGUGACUUGCUUAGCGGAGCUCGUGAUUCAUUGAAGAAGGUUCAAGUUGAUCUUCAACCACAUUUGGAUGAUUCAGCCAAUAGUGUACAAUCUAUCAAAGACUUGAACAAAAAGAGUGACGAUAUGCUAUUGGCCAUUAAUGCUGCUUUAGAUGGUAUUCCUCCAGAAUCUCAUGCCAAGAUUUGGGAUGAUGCAAUUGUGAUGGCAGAAGAUGCUGAAGACAGUGCUAAUGACGAUUUGAAAGCAAUCAAACCGAUUGUUAAAGAACUUCCAGAAUCUCUCACUGUUGCACGCCAAAUUCCGAAAGAUAUUGAUGAGACAAGUAAAUCAAUUGGGCAAAUCAAUACUCAUUUGGAUCGUGUCAAUAGCCAAUUACCCGAAAUCUUAAAACUGGAUGAAGAUGUUGGCAAAGCACAAGAUCGUCUUGCAAGCAAAUUGAGUCACAUUACUGAACAAAUCGAAGCUAUCAAGCAGAAUGUAAAACUGGCUCGUGAAAAGGCGAACGACAUCAACGUUGGUUUGCAAUUCUAUCCAAAUACCACACUAGAAUUGAAGGCACCUGAGAACUUGGCAGUUUUAUCAAAUACCCAAGCUUCUGCAUAUUUCAAGACUGAUCGACCGAACGGAUUCUUGUUCUAUUUGGGUAAUGAAGCUAAGCACGGUGGUCGUCCAGGAAAGAAUGAAGAUUUCAUGGAAUUGGAAUUAGAAAAUGGUUAUCCUGUAUUGAACAUCGACUUGGGUAACGGUCCUGAAAAAGUGAUCGGAAAGAAAUAUGUUGCCGAUGACAAAUGGUAUCAAGUAAUUGUUGAUCGUACUGGCAAUAACGUAAAAUUACAAAUUCGCGAUCAAGAUGAAGAUGGUGAAGAAAUCUUCACGGAGACGCCAUACGAGCUACCAGGAGACCAAAACUUAUUUAACUGGGAUGAUAACAGUCGUAUUUUCGUUGGAGGCUACCCACCAGAUUACAAGAUGCAAGAUACUGUUAAAUACAAUUACUUUGCCGGACAAAUUGAGGACUUUAGAGUUAACAAUGAGCCUGUUGGUUUGUGGAACUUUGUUGAUGGUCAAAGUAACACUGAUGGAGCUUUAGAACGUGACCGAUUAUUGACUUCUGAAGUUCCCUCGAACGGUCUACGGUUUGGUGGAAAUGGAUUUGUUGCUUUAGAUGCGAAACCAUAUCGUUUCAGUGAUAAAUCAAGUAUAUCGUUCAAAUUCAAAGCUGCUCGUGACUCACCAGACGGUUUGUUAUUCUAUGCUGGAAGUGAUAGACAUCUUAUUGCAGUCGAACUUGAAGAUGGUGAUGUCGUAUUCCAAUUCAAGUUGGGUGAAAAAGCUGAAAAUGUCAAGAUUAGAGCCUCGCAAAAACUCAACGAUGAUCAAUGGCAUCAAGUUGUUGCUGAACGUGAUGGUCGCGUCGGAGUACUCACUGUUGAUGAUAACAGAAUGUUCCAAUCAGAUGAUGUAUACACGACACAAGGUGGAAGUUAUCUUGAUGGAUACUUGGAACCAACUGAUGUCAUGUACUUUGGUGGUUAUCCAGGAAAAAUUCCACAUCCCGAAGUUAAAUCAAAGAGCUUCGAUGGUUGUAUUCAAGAUGUACAACUUGCUGGAACUGCUGUUGACCUCAACCGUAAUUUGCGAGCUUUGGAUGUUCGUCCAGGUUGUCCAGUAAAGACCUCUAGCAUUUUGUCCUAUAAUCCCGGAGAAGUUGGCUACUUGAAGAACGAAAAUCUUACUGCAAACAACAACUUUGUUAUCAACUUAAAGUUCCGCACACGCGAAGAUCGUGGUCUAAUCUUCUUCGUUACCAAUCCUGACCAAAGUGCUACAUUCUCGUUGGCAAUCGAAGAUGGCAUUCUUGUAUUGAGAAGUAACAAUGAAGAACUGAAUACGGGCAAAAAUCGUUACGAUAAUGGUGAAUGGCAUGUCGCUACUGCUACUCACCAAAGUAAUCGCUUGCGGUUGUCUAUUGAUGAUGUUUUCCAAGUUGAAAGUGAAGAUCCACCAGCGCCAUUGUAUCUCCAGAACGGCGAUAUUUAUUUCGGCGGUUUACCAAAAGGCUUCCGUGCCAAGUCUGGAACUGUCUCUACGGAUGCCUACUUUUUGGGAUGUAUCAGCGAUGUCACAAUUAACAGUCAGCUUGUCAAUUUCGCGCAGAGCGUUGAUCGACAGAAUGCCGUUUUGGAUCAAUGUCCUCGAGAUCUUUUCGAUUACGAUCCACUUGCUGUGCCAACUUAUUAUCCCGAUGGCCGCGUUGAACACAAAUUGUCUCCUGAAGAGUACGAGAAAACAAAGAAUAAUCCAGAUCAUGCAGCUGGUCAUAUCGAUUCGCGUUUCGGCGAAGAUGACGAUGACUUUAACAAAGUUGAUCCAAGUGGCGAAGAUGAUAAAUUGCCGAUUAAACCAGUCUAUGAGCCAACAACUCCCAAAACGACAACUACCACAACAACAAGACGUCCACGGCCUACCAAACGACCACUUCCCAAGGAUGCGGUUUGCGCUUUAUCACCAACUCCAGAUCUCGAUGUUGACUUUGAUGCUGGCUGGCGUUUCGGUACUGGACAAUAUUCACGUGUUGAAUUUGAUGUGCAACAACGUAGCAAGAAACAGUACAGUAUCACAUUGGAGUUCAAAUCAGGUAAUCCGGACGGUCUCUUGUUCUAUGCAAGCGAUCAAAGACACACCGACUUCAUUGCUGUCUAUCUUCGAAACGGUCAUAUUCACCAUACCUUCAAUUGCGGUUCUGGAAAGAGCAAUAUGACCUCUGAGCUCCAAUAUAAUGACAACGAAUGGCACACUGUUAAGUUUACGCGUAGCGGCAACAAGGGCAAACUCAUCGUGGAUGACACUGAUAGUACCGAAGGGGAGUCUUUGGGCACUGCUCGUACAAUGCAACUUGUCUCGCCAUACUAUGUUGGUGGAUUCACUGCCGAAGCUUUGGAAGAUGUCGCUGUAAAUCUUGCUCUGGAGAAGGACCACCUUGAGAAGAAUCCCUUCUUCGGUUGCAUCCGCAAUAUCAAAUUAGGUGGCGACCCUAUUGGAGAACCAAGUUCCAUGAAUAACGUUCAACCUUGCAGUGACAAUAUUGAGUCUGGUGUCUUCUUCGAAAAUGGUUACGUGAAACUCCGCGAAAAGUUCCGCGUUGGCACAGAAACAAAGAUUAGCUUUGACAUAAAGCCACGCAGUCAAAACGGUUUCCUCAUGUCUGUUCAUGGCAAGAAAGCCUUCUUCAUCAUUGAACUGGUUAAUGGUACAAUUCACUUUAGCGUCGAUAAUGGCGAGGGUCCAAUUGUUGCCAAAUUCGAACCGGAAGAAGGUGAAAAUUACUGCGACGGGGAAUGGCGCACGAUUAUUGCAACCAAAUCUCUUUUCCUCACAACAAUUGCAGUCAAUAAUGUUGUCUCUGAACCAGCUAUAGGUAAUUCGGACAGUACUUCGACCGAUACAACUCGGCCUCUCUUCUUGGGUGGCCAUCCACAUAUUAAGAAAUUGAGAGGAUUGACAGUUCGUACACCGUUCCAAGGUUGCAUUCGUAACGUCAAAAUUAGGGAUGUACCGGAACCAAUUACGCCCAAGAUGAUUGUUGGCAAUGUUCAAGCUGGGGUUUGUCCAUUGACCUAAAACCUUCCAAUAUGACCCUGCUAUUUCUUUACCUGGACUUUUCACUUUUGGAUUCUGAAAUGAAAAAACGACUAUUGAAUGACAUUGAAAUUUUUGAUCCCAGAUGAAGGAUUACAUGGAUCAUUCAUUGUCAUGAAAGAAAAAUCACUUUAUCGCAAUUGAAAGUGGGACUUUUCAGUUUUUGUUUUUAUUAAACAUUUAUCAAUAAAUUUCAAUUAAAAGCAAUCCGCAUCCAAUUUUCCAAUUUUGAAAUAUGUAGGUUUCAAAAAAAUAGUCUUCAAUUUUUCACGAGCAAUAUUAAAACAUCCUACUUUCAAUGGCGAACAUUCAUAUUUUUUAAGCUUUCUUUUUUAAAAA